AUGAAUAACAGAACUGAAGGUAGGACAACUAGGUCACAGGCUAAAGGUCGCUUAAGGUCUCCCAAGAAAGGAGUAACUUUUGUGAUCGACAAGAAGGACAGAAAGAAGGUAAAGCCUGUUGUGAAGCGUCGAAGGAAGACAUCAGAUGAAUCGUUUCAAGAUGUGUCACCUAUUCGUAAAAGAAGCACACUACAAACUCUGUCUCCUACGAGAAAAAGAAAAAAGUCUACAGAAGCUUCCGUCGAAAUUGUUUCUAAAGAAGUAUCCUCAUCUACACGAUCAAGAUAUGGCACAAAGAAAGAAGUUGAUAAAAAGGUGGAACCGAGCAAGCGGUUGAGGAAAUUUAACAUUAGGAACAAUGUUAGUAGAAGGCAUGUAACACCAGAACCACAGCCUUGUAGCUCAACGUCUACAGUUAAUAAGAGCCCCAUAGCCAAAGUUAUACAUCAGAAGCGUGAAAGAGACCAAAACCAGGAAAAGAAGAGUCUUGAAUCUAGAUAUAUGAAGACAAAUCGACCGGUCGGAAGACCUUCUGGCUCUUAUAAAACCCUUCACAUCGAGGACAAGCACAUUACUCCAUCAGCUCACAUUAAAAGACUCCCGCUCCACCCAGAAUCCACUGUCAGAAACCAGCUAGACUUUUAUUUGUGUGCUGUUUGCAAGUGUUCUACUCUAAUACGAACAAACAGAGCAGAUGAUGUGCUAGAGAAGAAGAAAACAAAGGUGGAUCCAUCGGUGUUGACGUUUGAGGACGAUCCAGCUCUCGGAUGUUCAGUAUGCUUGAAGCAUUUCCAUCUCGUCUGUGUGUACGAUGAAGCUGAGCUACAUAAUCUGGCCUUAAAUAAUCCAGAGACAUUUGUGUGUCAGGAAUGCAUAAGGUGCACUAAGUGUACCAAACCCAUCUUUGAUCCAGGAAACGUGCAAUGUAUUAAAUGUGGAGAUGCUUAUCAUGGAAAGUGCAGGCCCGACAACCGUGAUGAUUGUGACUUUAUCAAGAAGUAUGUAUGUUUAAAUUGCAGUAGUACUGAGGUGGAGGACAAAAAGAAAGGAAAGAGUAACGCAAAAACAGGGAAUCCAAAGAAAAAGUUUGAAAAAGUCGGUAGGUCAAAGGAAGGAAAGGCCGGUAAGUUCUGAUUUGAUAAAUAAAACUAUCUUUAAGUUACCGUAACAUUAAAAUAAUUUGAAUGAGUAAAUGUAUGAUAUUUAGAGGCAAAAGCCGGGAAACUCUCGCCACUCAAGUCGAAACCUUCCCCAAAGACGAAAACUGUGACAGAUGAAGAAUUCGAAGCCAGCCGGCUUAAGUUGAUCUCCCAGAUCUCACUUUCCUUGAAGCCGGAUCCAUACAAAUUUAGUUGCAUGGGCGCUUCUGAUUCCUCCUUUUCGAGUUUGAACAACGAACCUUUGGAUGACGUUGAGAAGGACAAGCACGCUGACAAUAUGGCCUACAUUCCUUAUGCCAGUGUUGGCAAAAACACUGACCAAACCUUCAAGGAUAGACAGUAAGUUAAUAUGGGCCGCAUGGGUUACCUUACUAUAGGCUGAUAUGACGAACAUAUGUGAAGUAGGGUUGUUAUUUAUACUUUUGCUUUAGGCUCGUUUUCUUCUGCGGCAAUGUAGCGUACCGUCCAAGAUUCUAUGACUUUCUGAAGACAAUGUUACCACAAACAAAUCGAAUAGGAUUCUGCCACAAAUGCCUGGCCUGUGUCCCUUCCUUGAAUCAGUUAAUACAGCAUAUCGAGAUGUGUGAUAUGAAAACACCCCCAGGCGAUUUAAUUUACUCUGAAGGCAACCUGAAUGUGUAUGAAAUACAGGGAAAGACUGAAACAGUAAGAUUAGGGUUAACUUUUGAUUUUAAAUAUUUUUAAGUUUUAUAUGACAUGUUAAUGGUUACUUCCAGUUGUAUUGUCGCCGGCUGUCACUGUUCGCCAAAACUUUUAUCGGAUCUAAAGCUGUUCAUUUCGAAACCGAUGGGUUCAAAUUCUACGUUCUGACGGAAAAAACGGAUUCUGACUUCACUGUGGCUGGUUACUUUUCAAAGGUACCUUACUAUCAUUUAUUGAAUGUUAUCGACAAACUUUAGGAGAUCAAACCAGUAACAAACAACAACCUCAGCUGCCUAUUGGUAUUACCAUGGAUGCAACGUAAACAGUAUGGGCUAUUUUUGAUAGAUCUCAGUAGGUUGGCAACAUUAAUAUUGUUAAACCUUUAUCAAGAGAAUAAUAAUGUAUCAUACUAGUUUAAACGUUUUAUUUAUUGACACGUUAUCGUACUGAUACUGUAUAAACUAACUCUUUUAGGCUACCAACUGUCGAUAAGAGAACGCAAAGUAGGCUCUCCUGAGCAUCCUUUAAGUGAUGCCGGUCUCAGAACUUACCGACAAUACUGGUUCUCUGUACUCAUGAGUUAUCUACGAGAGAAACUGUAUGAUACUGAGACAUUAAACCUACGUGAAAUCAAGGAACAUACUGGAAUCGACUCUCGGGAUAUACUCGAGACCAUGAUCAUUGCUGACAUGACCUUCAUCCUCAACGACAAACUUCAGAUCAAUGCUGUAAGAGAUACUGUAUUACUGUCGUUAAUAAUAUAAGUGAUGUCACAAUUUUAAUCAUCCUUUUUAAGCUUGGAUGUUUUUAAGGUACAAUAUUACAGGAAAUCCCUAUGUAUUCAACAUUGGCGUCUCUCCGCCGACGCUACGUGAAGCCUCAAUAUCUGAAGGUAAAGGCACGACAGAAUGUGCCGUUCUCAAAAUACAACUGA